GGGCAGCCUUCCAUCUCGUCAAUCCCCUUAACGACCACACCGCUCCAACUCUACUUCUGCGUUGACAUUAUCAAGCACGUACAACACGAGCUUUCAUCAUGUCGGCGCGCAAGCUCCAGUCAAAGCUCUUUGGGGCCGUAAAGGAGGCCAAAGACGCGGCAAAGGACGCCGUGACUCCGUCGUCGGCAAAGAAAGACACGGCGACGGACGACAACGGCGGCUCGGGGGCAGCGACGCCUGUGCCCGCUGCUGCUGCCGCCGCCGCUGCUGCUCCUGAGGGCCCGCUCAAGAUCAACAUCCCCGCACCGAUCACCGCGGCGCCAUCAGCAGCGCAAGUGCAAAACCUGCCAAAGAACCCCCGCGCCGCUGCCGCUGCUCCGCCCGCCGCUGCCGACAAGGACGAGAGCACGCCGCCUGCUGCUGCCGCUGCUGAGAAGACGCCGCCCGCACCGGAGAACGGCGCGUCGCCCAAGCCUGCGAGACCGGCGAGUGCUGCCAGCGAUGGCACACCGGGUGCUGCGCCCAAGAGCUUCCGCGACCGCCUGAGGGCCCAGCUCGGUACACGAUACCGCUCCGUCGAGGAGUACCGCCUGCAGCAGUCCGACUCGUAUGAAAAGCACUGGAAGCGCUGGGGACCAUACCUCAGUGAACGCCAGUGGGGUACCGUCCGCGAGGACUACUCUGAGAAUGGCGAUGCGUGGAACUCGUUCCCGUUCUGGAUGUCCAAGAGCCGCGCGUACCGCUGGGGUGAGGACGGUAUCGCUGGUAUCUCGGACAACCACCAGCGCCUGUGUCUCUCGCUCGCGCUCUGGAACGGCAAGGACGAUAUUCUCAAGGAGCGCAUGUACGGCCUUACGGGCGAGCAGGGUAACCACGGUGAGGACGUCAAGGAGCUGUACUACUACCUCGACUCGUCGCCCACCCACUCCUACAUGAAGUACCUGUACAAGUACCCGCAGGGCAAGUACCCGUACCAGCAGCUGCUGGACGAGAACCGCAACCGCUCGCGCGACGUGCCCGAGUACGAGAUCAUGGACACUGGGCUGUUCGACGAGGACAGGUACUGGGACGUCUUUGUCGAGUUCGCCAAGGACGAGGAGGACGAGAACUCGAUGUCGAUCCGCAUCACGGCCUACAACCGCGGUCCUGACAAGGCGGAUCUUCACCUCCUCCCGCAAAUCUUCUUCCGCAACACCUGGUCGUGGCCCAAGGAGCUGCCAGAGAACAUGCCCAACCUCAAGCAGAUUGCUGAGGGUGUCAUUGAGACGUCGCACGAGUCGCUCGCCCCGACCAGGCUGUACUGCCUGCCCUCGCCUGCGCCGGCCGCGCCGACCAAGAGCGGCGGCGUGGUCCUCGUCGACGGCGAGAGCAUCGUGCCCGACCUGCUGUUCACGGAGAAUGAGACCAACUUUGAGCGCCUGUACGGCGGCAACAACCGCACCCCGUACAACAAGGACGCGUUCCACGACUACGUUAUCCCCUGGCACCGCCCGCCUAUGCCCCAGCCUGAGAAGCCUACCGAGGAUGAGAAGACUCCGACGGGCCUGCAGGACCCCACGCUCGAGGGCAAGAUCGAGGCGGCCACCCUUGACGACAAGCCCUCCGAGGCCAAGCUCGAGUCGGCUACCGUCAACGGUGAGCCCGUCGAGCCCGAGGUCUGGCCUGCCGAGAAGUUUGUGAACCCCGAGAGGACCGGUACCAAGGCCGCGGCGCACUAUGUCUUCAACGACGUUCCCGCAAACGGUGGCUGCGUCGUGGUUCGUCUCAAGAUGACGCCCAACGCACCGAGCGAGGACCCCACCAUCCUUGACGAGGAGCUGUUUGACGACAACAUUGAGGGCCGUCGCCAGGACGCCGAUGAGUUCUACUUCAACCUUGCCCCCAGCGGUGUCACCGACGACAUGCGCAACGUCAUGCGCCAGGCCCUUGCAGGCAUGAUGUGGACCAAGCAGUACUACCAGUACAUUCAGCAGGAGUGGCUCAACGGCGACCCCUCGCAGCCACCACCGCCGCGUUCGCGUCGCUUCGGUCGCAACAAGGACUGGAAGCACCUUUACAUCAAUGACAUUCUGUCCAUGCCCGACAAGUGGGAGUACCCCUGGUUCGCAACCUGGGACACGGCGUUCCACUGUAUCCCCUUGGCGAUGGUCGACCCGGCGUUCGCCAAGCGCCAGCUCGAUCUCAUGACCAGGGAGUGGUACAUGAAGCCUGACGGUGCUCUGCCCGCCUACGAAUGGAACUUCUCCGAUGUCAACCCGCCCGUGCAUGCCUGGGCCACUCUCCGUGUCUUCAAGCAGGAGCGAAAGAUCUACGGCCGCGAGGAUCUCAACUUCCUUGAGCGUGUCUUCCAAAAGCUCCUCCUCAACUUCACCUGGUGGGUCAACCGCAAGGACUCGGAGGGCAACAACGUCUUUGAGGGUGGUUUCCUCGGCCUCGACAACAUUGGUGCCUUCAACCGUUCCGAGCCGCUGCCUUCGGGAGCCAAGCUGCGCCAGGCCGACGGCACGGCGUGGAUGGCCUUCUUUGCGCUGCAGAUGCUUUCGAUUGCUCUUGAGCUCUCCAAGCACAACUCGGUCUACGAGGACAUUGCGUCCAAGUUCUUCGAGCACUUUAUCCACAUUGCCGACGCCAUGACGUACCCUGCCUCCAACGACGAGGAGCUCUCGCUCUGGUCAGAGGAGGACGGCUUCUACUACGACGCUAUCCAGUGGGGCUACGGCAACGCCACGCAGAUGCCCAUCCGCAGUAUUGUCGGUAUCAUUCCGCUCUUCGCCACGCUCGUCCUCGAGCCCCACGUUCUCAAGAAGCAUCCGGGCUUCAGGAAGCGCAUGCAGUGGUUUGUCGAGAACCAGCGUGAGGUUUCCAAGCGUAACAUUGCAAGCAUGAAGUCCCGCGGUCGAGGUGACCGUGUCCUGUUGGCCCUUGCCGACAAGGACAGGCUUGUCCGCAUCCUGGAGAAGAUGCUCGACGAGGACGAGUUGCUGAGUGACUACGGUAUCCGAUCGCUGUCCAAGUACCACAAGGACCACCCGUACUCGAUCACCGUCGAUGGCCAAACCAACGAGGUGCCCUACUGGCCCGGAGACUCGCACUCGGGCAUGUUUGGCGGAAACAGUAACUGGCGUGGACCCAUCUGGAUCUGUAUCUCGCAUCUUGCCAUGGAGUCGCUGCAACGAUUCCACCAGUACUACGGAUCCGAUCUCGCUGUCGAGUGCCCUACCGACUCGGGUUACUACAUGAACCUGGCCGGCGCGGCUGAGGAGAUUCAGCACCGUCUGAUCCACAUCUUUGCCCGUGACGAGAAGGGAGAGCGUGCCGUCAACGGCGGCAACAAGAAGCUCAACCACGACCCGCACUUCCGCGACUAUGUCCAGUUCUACGAGUUCUUCCACGGAGACAACGGUCGCGGUCUUGGCGCGUCCCACCAGACUGGAUGGACCGGUUUGGUCGCAUGGCACAUCUACUCGGUCGGUGAAUGGUGCCGUCUCCCCAAGACGCCAAAGACACCGCGCUCCGUCGCCAAGCACUACUUUGACGAGGCGAUCACCCCCAGCGAGGCUGGCGACGGCUCGCUCUACUCGGCGUACACCGACGUUUCGGAGGCGUUCGACGAGCCCGAGCCAGAUGAGCUCUAGUCUGCCACCACCCAAGUAUCUGCAUAAACAAGACGGCCGUACCCCUACGGUCUGUAGAAAAGUCAUAAGUCUAGUCGUGAAUGCAUCGUCUGCACGGAACCCAGCAACCUCCAGCUGUACACUUUGAUACAUUUACUAAGUAGUCUACAACAAGCCAUUUUUACUAAAUGAGACCGAGCCACUCGCGGAGGCCGGUCCCGAAAGUCGACUCGAGUGGCUCGAGUGACUCUGCGAGCAUGUUGGCCCAGGUGCCGCGGACGAGUAGGAAGCCGACGAGCAUCCAGAUCCAGUCGUGUUUGCCCGUGCGCUUGACGAGUGCGCGCUUCUCCUCGGCAGUGUCCACCAGGCCCUGCGACGGCGUCCUGGCGACUUGCUUCUUGCUCGAGCUCCACCUGCUCGUGAGUGCCCGGAGCUUGUCCAGACCGAGGGCACGCUCAAACCCGUCCCGCAUCGACUGGAGUCGCAUGAGGAAGAGCCACAGCAGCGUCUUGACAAGGUCGCGCUUCCGGUUCCGCCCAUACCGCGGCCGAAUCGCGUACCCGUCUCCUGUAGGCACGCGGACGACGGGGUAUCCAAACCACGGGUUCUGCGACGUGUACUGCAUGUCGCGGGCCGAGACGGGGGUGCGUGUCGGGCGGACGACGACCUCGGAAUCCGACGAAGCUGAGGGUGACGACACGUCCAUCCCCGGUGCCGGCAGCGACACCGGCACAAUGCUGUGCGAGUAGUAGUCGUCGUCUUCAAGCUCCUCUGGCUCAAUCUCGUCGUACGGUGUCUGGAUGGCCGUGGUUGGCGCGGCAGUGUUGGGACCAGUCGCAUCGGGUGUCGAGUCGUAGCACUCGGGAUCGUCCUUGCUCCGUUGACACAGAUCGAGUGCCGCGGGCCGGUAUUGCUCUACCCCCCGUGCAUGGUGCUCCUGCAGCAUAGACGCGUACUUGUCGCGCGGGGUGCUUGGCGUAUCGGCUCCAGCUGCACGUCGCGAGGCCGCACGCCGCUCAGCGAGGGACAGGGCUGAGGGGUCGACGAGCGCGGGGCGGAGGGUACGCCGCAAGGGAAUGUGCACGGGCGGCGGAGGGGUCGGUUCCUCGUCGUCUUCCGAGUCGGAGAGCAGGUCGCGGUGCGCCAGACGCGAAGGUGAGAGGUAGAGGUGGAAGUCGGAGAGCGACUUGAUGCGCUGGAUCGCACUCUUCGGGGCCUCGUAGUGGAUUGUAGAGGUCGACACGUCCGAUGCCCCAGUGUAGGACGUCGCGGGACCAGAGUUCAGAGCGCUCCCCGUGUCAAUGUGCAGGUCAGGCCGCGGGGACACCUCCGGGGCGGCCUGGAGGAGUACGGGCGAGUCGUUUGGUCCAAGGCUGCGUCCGCGUCCGCGGCCACGCCCUUGCCUCGUCUCAUCGACACGCUCGCCGUCGGCAAAGUGGACGUGGUCGUCGUCAUCUUGCACUGCCGCCGCGGUACGCACGUCGUUGUGACUCUUGGUCAUGGCGAGUCGGGACGUCAAGCCCGUCAGGCCAGCCAAGCCGCCACUAAGUGUCUGGCCGAAGCUCGAACGGCGCGACGGCGCGCGGCUCGUCGCGACGCUGCUGCCAGCGUAGCUGUUUGCACGGCUGGGCGUGUAGCUCGUGCCGUUGCCGCUGUAGAAAGUGGACGAGGGUGAGGGCGGGGCAGUGUAGUAGAUGUCAGCGAUCGAGGCCAUGGACGUGGAGCGUGUGGGCGGCUCGCGGGACGCGCUGCGUGAUCGGCGUCCUGCUGGGCCGAGCGACGGGGCGCGCGAGGGCCCGCGCGAGGGGUCGCGUGAUGGUGGGCGCGAGUUGGCGCGCGACGGGCCCCGCGAGUUGGCGACCGAGUGGACGCGCGAUGGACCACGCGACGGCGCAUGUGGCCUUGCGUGCGAGUACCGCCUGAGCAUGACUUCGGGGUCGGCCUCGGGGCCGGUGCCGCCGUACUCUUCUGGCAGCACGUCGAGGUCGAAAACUGCGGCCUUCUGUUCUAGAGUGUCGAGGAAAGACACGCGCUCCAGCGACGAGCGGGGAAGGACACGUUUGACAGCGCCGUUCCACAUUGCUCGGUGCGACCAGCCAGCAUUGAUAACGUAGACGUUCUCAAACAGCCCGGGGAAGUUGCCAUGCCCGACACUGAAGACGGUAGGAAGGAGCUCGACUUCCAUGUUCCUGUACCCAGCUCCACUGACGUCAAUGAGCAGCACGGCGCCCUCUGCACCGUUUCCCCUCCUUCCGUCGACCCAGUAGUCUCGCAGAGCGCGGCGGACGAGCUCGAGGCCCCACCAUAUCCACUCUUUGAGCUCGCUGAGCGAUCCAGACGCAUCGCGCACCACAUCGCGGAGGGUCAGCACUGCGAUCGGCCGGCCGAGCCGGUCAACGACCUUGGGCAAAGGCAGCAGCGAGAGCAAAGGGGUUGGUGGCGGAGGAAUCACGCCGCCCAGGCCCCGGUCAGCGCGCCGCUGCAGCGCGCCGAGCAGGUAGUGGUGUGUCUUGUCUGUAUUGUAGUGGUUUCUCUGAGCGCGGAACACCAUGCCAUAGUCGCUCGCCCAGUCCUGCGCGCCGGCAGCCGUGGCGGGAUCCCAUCCCUCCUCGUUGAUGAGGUCGUCGACGUCGUCCUCGAGCUCGCGCUGCAGCUGGUGGACGAGGGGGGCGUGGGCGCCCAGCUCGGCGCGGCGCGCGGCGGCCGUCGCGAACGCUGGCGGGGCAGCCGGGCCGGCCGACGACGACGAGGGCGCUGCAGCCGCUGCGCCAAAGCCGAACGGGAACGCAGCGGGCUCGGAGCGCUUGACGGCCACGCUGCCGCCCGCGUCUCCGUCCUUGUCGAGCGUCAUGGUGGAUGGUGUAGUGUCGAUGUGCACAGGUGGUGGGUACGUGUAGCUAGCUGUCUGGCUACUAGUAGCACGUCGUCGGCGGUCGAUGGCGCCUGGGCCCCAGGCUGUGCGGUGCGGGGCCAGGAGCGGGCGUCGGUCUAGUGGCUGUCCCUAGCCGCUGGAACCCAAGCCGGUGGGUGCAGUGAUGGCAGCGGCCUGUGUGUGUGUUCUGUGGGAUGUGCGAUGCGUCGAGAUGUGGUGAAACGAGGUUGUGUACAAUGGAUUGUCCCUGCUCGGUCGGUGUCUUGUGCCCGUCUGCAACUCCAGUGUACACAGUUUUUGCCUUUCUGCCGGGUAACGGGCGACAAGUGCAAGCGGCGAGCGGCGAGCAGCGACGACGACGACAACAAUGGCGGCACCUGAUCCGGAAGGCACGGGGCAGUUGGCAGUGCUGUUUCUGGGAAAC